AAAACGUGUUGACUACGCGUGAAAUGGAAGUAGAAGUUCAACAAGAGCCUCCGCCUGCGAAUCCUAAUGCAAACAUAAUUACAGAACGCAAUGCUAACAUCAUAUCCGGCGGCAAUGUCUUCUACAAUCCGGUGCAGGAGUUCAAUCGUGACCUGAGCAUUGCAGUGCUCAACGUUUACUUUCAGCGUUUAGUGAAAGAGCGCGCUGAGAAGGCGAAAAAGCAGCAGCUACGUAAGCAGAAGCAACAGGUAGACGACAAUGGGCAGCAGGAGACCACUGUAACGCCCAGCUACACUGCGGGAACAAAGUAUGAGGAUGGUAUGCGGAUACUGGAGGCUUUGGCAGCCACGGGACUACGGAGCAUCCGCUAUGCCCAGGAGAUCGCCGGAGUGCGUCAAAUCGUGGCCAAUGAUUUGUCCAAACAGGCGGUGGAAUCGAUUAAGACAAAUGUACAACACAACGGCGUGGAGCAUCUCAUAGAGACCAGCCAUGCGGAUGCCAUGACUCUCAUGUACUUGUCGACGGCUCCUCAGCAACGCUUCGAUGCUGUCGAUCUAGAUCCGUAUGGCUGCCCGAAUCGCUUCCUCGACGGCGCUCUACAGUGCAUAGUUGACGGCGGCCUGCUUCUGGUCACCGCCACCGACAUGGCAGUUCUGGCCGGCAACGCACCCGAAUCCUGCUAUGUGAAAUACGGCUCUGUGCCGUUGCGGAUGAAGUGCUGCCACGAGAUGGCGCUACGUAUCCUGCUGCACUGCAUCGAAACGCACGCAAAUCGUCAUGGCAAAUACAUUGAACCGCUGCUCAGCAUCUCUGCCGACUUCUAUGUCCGCAUCUUUGUGCGCGUCUACUCCAGCCAGGCUCUAUGCAAGUACAGCAUGAGCAAGCAAUCCUGGCUGUUCCAAUGCACUGGCUGUGAGGCAUUCACGCUCCAGCCGCUGGGCACAGUGCGCAGCAAAUCUGCGGAGCAGCCACAGGUGGUUAAAUUUGGCAUUCCCACUGGACCCGCCGUGAACAGUCAGUGCGAGCACUGCAGCCAUCGGCAUCAUCUGGGCGGACCGAUCUGGUCGGCGCCCAUACACAAUAUGGAAUUUGUCGAGGAUCUGCUGCAGUCGGUGCAAACGGCGCCGCUCUCUGAAUUGGGGACACAGCGUCGUAUUGUGGGCGUUCUAUCCAUGGUCAAGGAGGAGCUGCCCGAUGUGCCCCUCUACUACACGCCUGACAAGCUCUGCUGUGUGCUCAAGCUGGAGAUAGUGCCCAUGCUGAAGAUGCGCUCGGCUCUGCUGCAUGCCGGCUAUCGUGUUUCUUAUUCCCAUGCCAACAAGAACUCCUUGAAAACAGAUGCGCCUGCCUCGGUGCUGUGGGAUGUCUUGCGCUGCUGGAGCAAACGGCAUCCGGUGCGCGAGGAUCGCCUGAUACCAGGCACUGCCCUGCAAGCCAUACUUUCACAGCCUUGCCAGCGGGACUACGAAUUCGACGAACUGCAUCCUCUGGCCAAUCCAAGCAGUCGCAAACAGGCGCUCUCGCGUUUCCAGGAGAAUCCGGCGCCGCACUGGGGACCCGGCACAAGAGCCACGAUCAUGAUUGGCGACAAUAAACUGCCCAAGAGCUAUCGCAAUCAAAACAAAAAGCAACGUCACAAAGCGGCGCAGCAGACGACGAAGAAGGAGAAUAAGGAUGAGGAGGAAGAGGAGGCGCUGGCGAGGGGCGAGCAGGAGCAGGAGGAGCAAAAGCAAUGUCAAGAAGAUGAGGAGCAACAGCCGGCAAAGCAGCUAAAAUUAUCGCCGACUACGUGAAACGCUUUUAUGAUUCGUUGCUCUGUCAAUUUUUAUUAUAUUUUCUUUUGCCAAAAGUUGAAACGCAGAAGUUGAAAACUA